GGGCCGGAACACCGCAGCUCGCCGUUCAGUGUGUGUGUGUGCACCAGGUAUCGCACUUCGCAGCAGGAGAGGUAGCUGUGUCACGAGUGCUUCUCCAGUUGGUCUUGAAUGGGUUCCGAACGCAUUGGUCUUCAGGCUGUGUUACUUAAAUUUGAGGUAUCCCUGUGACAAAUGGAAUCAACAUCAACAGAAACCAGUAGCGCUGAAUGCAUUUGAUGAUAGAAAAAAAUCUCGAGAGAUGGAAAAGCAGAAGGAAAUUUUAAUAAUAAAGGAAAUUGAAUGCAGAAAAUUAAAUGCAUCGAAUGCACCAGGAACAUGUGAACCAGUAUGGGAUACAAUUUCAUGCUGGCCAGAGACAGAACCUGGACAAUACCAGAUUCUACCAUGUGCAGACUACUUUCUAGGUUUUGAUCCUAUGAAAAAUGCGACAAAGUACUGUUACGAGAAUGGCACGUGGGAACAUUGGAGCAACUACACACAGUGUUCUGACAGCGGGUACACCACAGUAACUGAACAGUUUGAUGAAGUCCUUAAUGAUUCUUCAGUUGUGAUAUAUGUGCAACUUUCAAGAGACAUUUCCAAAGCAGGCUACAGUAUUUCAAUGGUAUCACUUAUUUUUGCAUUCACCAUUUUGGCAUCUGUCAGGACAUUGUGGUGCCCUCGAAAUAUUUUGCACAUGAACUUGUUUCUUUCAUUUAUUUUGAGAGCAUUUGUUUCACUACUUAAAGAAAGUAUUUUUGUUCUUUAUAUUGGUCUCCCAAGCAAUUUAGUAGAGGAAGGUGGUAUAUAUUUCUUCAAAGAACAACCUGAGAGAAUUGUAUGGGACUGCAAAUUAGUAAUCAGUAUUUGGCAAUAUUUCAUGCUAGCUAAUUAUAGUUGGAUAUUGAUGGAAGCCCUCUACCUACAUAAUCUUGUUUUCAAUGCUCUUUUUUCGGACAGAAGCAGUGUGAUACACUACACCAUUUUAGGUUGGGGAUUGCCUUUGUUGUUUCUUAUUCCAUGGAUUAUAUGCCGUAUUUUUUUUGAAGAUGACUUGUGUUGGACUUUCAAUUUAAAUAAAAAUAUAUCUGCAAUUAUAUAUGUUCCUAUGGCUGCCUCAAAUAUUAUAUGUUUCAUAUUAUUCAUUAGGCUUGUCAGAGUUAUCUUCACAAAACUGCAAUCAUCAGUAUGUGAGCAGACACAAAUCUAUAGACGCCUGGCAAAAUCAACACUAACACUUAUACCUUUGUUUGGAGUGCACUAUGUAGUAUUUCUGGCAUUUGAACAUUCAAAAAUUGGGAUCCGAGCAGAAAUGGUGGUCCUCCUUACCAACAUUCUAUUUGAUUCUUUCCAGGGUUUCCUUGUGGCACUUCUUUAUUGUUUCUUGAAUUCAGAGGUCAGGACAGAGCUAAAUAAGACACCUUUUCAGUGGCCCCAAAGAAGACGAAGGAACACCAAUGCUAGCGAUGUUCACAGAUGUAAAAUCCCUCUUGUGGUGUACCCAGCAGCAGUCAAAACUCAGGAUCAAUACCAGUACAGCACAUGGUGUAAAUGAAAUGAAGAGAACAGCCAGAAGACAUCUUACAAGGAUGAGGUUGUGCUGCAUUUUAUUGAGACACAUGGAAAUCCGUAUGUUCAGGAUAUCAUUUCCCUCGUUAAAUAAGAAAUUUGUGCAGCUAUUAUGAGAGACUGUAAUACUGAUUAAUUUACAAUUGAUUACUAGCAAGCAUAUGAAAAAAUAAAUGCCGGCGAUUGAA